GUCAGCGUUUCAGACGAGCUGGAGACUGUGCGCGGGUCAUAGAGUCCCGGGUGAGCUUUAACAGUCUUGACUCACGGGACAAGGGCUCAAACCGUUGCGCGAUCGGCGGGCGGGAGACAAGCAUCCAGAUAGAUGACUCUGGAUUUGUCCCGUCCCGAGAGUUUCACCAUGCGAUCCAUGAUCAAUCUGCGACACACUCCGCCAUGAUUGACAUGGCUGUUUCCAUGUUCGCGCCAACUUGCCGUGCACACAUGGCAGCCAAGCCCAAACCCUCUAUGGCAGGUUCGUCGAGCCUCCAACUAUUAAACUACCUCUCGACUCAGCUUUGAUCCAGCUUUCAUCACCAAACUAAUUCGCAAAUUCACAUUCUUUACAUUCGUUUUCUUAGAACUGCUGGUUCAGUCAUUCCUUUCAUAUUCACAACCUCGAUUUCUGAGGCUCGUUGCAAUGACUCUCCUUCGUCAUCUCCUGACGGCCACUGCCUUGCUUGGAGCUUCAGUCCAGGCAGCGCAGGGUGUCACUGGCUCCCCCUUCGGUUUCGCUAGCGGCACGACUGGUGGUGGUGAUGCCACUCCUGCUGCGCCUAGUGACAUCAGCCAGCUGAAGACCUGGUUGUCCGACAGCACCCCCCGCGUCAUCCUUAUCGACAAGGAGUUCAACUUCCUCGACAGCGAGGGCAAGUGCACCAACUGCGAGUGCUGCAAGCCCGCCUCGAACACCUGCGGCAGCUCUGGCCAGAAUGCCGUCAAGCAAAAUGGCUCCGACUGGUGCGGUAGCUACCCGACCCUGACCUGCACGUACGACAACGCCGCUAUUGAGGGCCUGGAAGUCGCCUCCAACAAGUCCAUUGUUGGCGUGGGCAGCUCUGGUGUCUUGCGUGGAAAGGGUCUGCGCCUGGUGAACGGUGUCAGCAACAUCAUCAUCCAGAACAUCCACAUCACCGAGCUCAACCCCAAGUUCAUCUGGGGUGGUGACGCUAUCACCCUCGACGGCACCAACAACGUCUGGAUUGACCACGUCAAGAUCAACCUCAUUGGUCGUCAGAUGUUCGUUGCCGGAUACGAAGCCAGUCACAGCGUGACUAUCUCGAACAGCGAAUUUGAUGGUGAGACCAGCUGGUCUGCAACUUGCGACGGCCACCACUACUGGACUGUUCUCGGAUACGGCGACAACGAUAAGAUCACCUUCGCCAACAACUACAUCCACCACACUUCGGGCCGUUCCCCCAAGCUCGAGUUCAACAGCUUCUGGCACGCGUACAACAACUACUGGUUCAACAACACCGGCCAUGCCUUUGAUGUUGGCAAGAACACCCGUGCUCUGAUCGAGGGUAAUGUGAUGGUCCACGUCGACACUCCUCUCUUGGCCGACAGCGACCCCGGCGCCGUUUUCGCUGUGAACUCUAGCGAUGUCUCCACUUGCACCAGCACCCUCGGACGCACCUGCGUCCCCAACACCUUGAUUAGCUCGGGUACUCUCUCCGCCAGUAACAGCUCUGUGAUCAGCAGCUGGCCCUCUGGUGAGUCCGACGUCACCGUCAUGGCUGCUAGCAAGGUUGCUUCCUACGUCAAGGCCAACGCCGGUAUUGGCAAGCUUAGCAACGGAUCUGGCUCCUCCAGCACCGUCGGCGCGGCUGCCACCUCCGCUGUCGCCAAGCGUGCCGAUCCUGCCGGUGCGCCCUAUGUUCCGGCCUACUCUGAGGCUGGCCCCGGCGCCUCUGCCGUCCCCAGCCAGCCCUCCUGGUCUUGGAGAACGGUCAUUAACGGCCCUGCACCCACUGGAGCUCCCUCUGAUGCCCCCGCUCCCGAGGGUCUUGGUGCUCCUGUCCAGGCUUCGAACAAGCACCACCACAAGAGACACGGCCGUGGCUACUAGAGGGAUCGAUGACUUCGCUUUUGAGCUGACAGCUCAGAAUCAAGUGAGCUGCAAUAAUUCCCGUUCUCAGCACAAAUAACCCAACGGUCUGUGAAGCGGUAAAUCUUGUGUACAUUUCAAUCAUUCUUCUUCUUUGUACAUUGAUCAAGCUCUAGC